AUGGCUGUAUCCUCGCGUCCGAUAACGUCCCUUGUCUUGAUGGACCUUUUUGGUGGACUUGCCGCUCUUAUCAUGAUCUUGAGACUCUUUCUGCGCAAGUAUCGGCACCAACGGUUUGAAGCGGCCGACUACUGCACCGUCUUCUGCUUGGUGACGCUUCUUGCCUGUGUGAGUCUGCUUACUGCGAUAAGCGUCAUCAUCUUGACUCGCGACGCCCGCCUCCAAGCGCAACAUCUCACUGAUAAGUUGCUCGAAGAGCAGCUGCUCAAGAACAAAAUACUGGUGGCGCAUCAAGCUAUAUUUCGUGCCUAUCUUUGGGGCCAGAAGGCGGUUGUUCUCCUGUUUAUCUCGCGCGUCCUGGAGGGUCUCCCGUGGCCCUUCAUCUUCGUUCGCAUCAGCUGGGCAAUACUCCUACUGAGUUUCGGGGGUGUGGAACUUGAAAUGUUUAUGGUCUGUGAUUACCGCAAGAAGAAACCUUGCCUCGGACGUGUCGGGAACCUUGUGGCCUAUAUCCUGCUCAAUGGCCUCACAGACCUGAUGCUCAUUGUGCUCCCUCUUCCAUGGCUGAUUCGGGUGAAAAGACCUUGGCAUCGCCGCCUUCAACUCAUCGCCCUUUUCUCGGUUGGCUUCCUCUGCAUCAUCGCAACCAUCCUCCGCGCCCCCGUUCACGGCGACACGCAAGACCUCGUCGGACAAGGCUACUGGACUGCGGUCGAAUUUAUUGCGUCGGCUAUCGUUGCCAACUUUCCCACGCUAUACAGUCUGCGCCGUGCAAGAAAGCCAGAGACCCCGAUCUAUCCCGACAACCCUUACCCAGCCCGACGUGGGGGCCACAAAAUUCGGUCUGCAACCAGCAUCGAGCUGCAGGAGUCAUUAGACAUGGAUCACCUAGAUGCCGACCCACGGAUGAGUGGGAAAAUCACCAGUCAGGCGAGCAACGAGUCAUUGUUCUUCAAGGAUUCGGAGACGGAGAGUCUCCGGGUCGAGGGACUGAGGUCUAGAGGUUAG